AUGUCUACUUCACUAAGCCAUCGUACCUUCGCUCGCUUGGUCUGCAAUGAGGGUAUCAAAGCAGAUCCUCCCCAGAUCUAUGGUAGAUAUUUGGCCCGGAUUAUGCUGGCUGUGAGCUUGGGAGCGAUCUCAGUUGGUAUUCAUGGUCCUAUACUGGGCAGCGCAAUGGGUACACGCGCUUUUAUGAGCCGCUUCGAUAAUAUGUCUGAUAGCAUCGGUACGACUGCAGCUCGAUUCGCAGACAUCACAACUACCUUUCAAAUGGCAGUAUUUGCGGGUGCACUAAUCUCAAUACCUAUGGCCAACCGCCUUGGUCGUCGACUCGCUUUGCUUUUCGCUGUUGGGAUUGUUCUCGUCGGCGAUAUCAUGCAGUGUGCUGCUUGGGGACAGAUUGCAGUGAUCUAUGUUGGAAGGUUCAUUACUGGCGUUUCCAUGGGAAUUUUCUCUUGUGUCAUUCCUAUAUACACAGCAGAGACCUCUCCCCGCACAAUAAGAGGCAUCCUCAUAGGCAUUUUCUGUCUCUUCCAACUGGUUGGCGAUUGGUUGGGAUUCUGGAUCGGUUACGGAACACAACUCCAUGUGAGCCGCACCUCGGAUGCCCAAUGGAUCAUGCCACUCGCGAUUCAGAUACUUCCUGUCAUUCUCUUCGCUCUCAGCAUGUACUUCUUACCUGACACACCCCGCUCAUUGGCAUACCGAGGAAACGAAGAUGAUGCACGAACGGUCUUAGGAGAUAUUAGGGGCCUUGAACCAGGACACUCGUAUACCAAGAGUGAGCUUCAAGAUAUCCAUCUGCAACUUGGUGUUGACACUGAGCGCACAUCAUCCUUUGCACUUGCCUUCAAAAACUCCUCCCACCGCCGCCGCUUGAUUGUUGGGAUUGGCCUAAUGAUCGCACAAAGCAUGUCUGGUUUUUAUUCCAUCUUCUCUCCCAUACAACGAUUCUUCUUCAGGAAUUAUCGUAGCACAUACGAAACGGUAAUGUACACUACUGUCCUCACUGGUGCUCUCCAGAUCGUAUUCAGCUUGGGUUUCAUGCUCUUCAUGAUCGACCGUCUUGGAAGACGUCGAUCCUUGUUAUGGACGAUCCCACUGCAAACUUUCUGUCUAUUUCUAGUUGGAAUCUUGGGGGCCGCCACAAGAAAUGUGGAAUGGCCCGCGAUCGAAGGUGUCUCUUAUGGGGCACUGGCAUUUGCUUACUGCUGCAUCUGCAUUUUCCAACUCGGCCUGGGUCCUGUACCAAUCAUCUACAUUUCAGAGAUCCCAACCACGCAGUUGAGGGCUUUGACGGUGGGCAUCGCUGUCGCUGUGCAAUGGUUGUUUUCAAUGGCGUUGAGUCGAGCUCUCCCAUACAUGCUGUUCUAUGUCGGAAGAGACGGGAAUGGCUUUGGAACCCAUUUCAUCUUUGGAGGUUGCUGCAUAGUUGUCUUUAUCUUUGUGUGGUAUUUUGUACCCGAAACCAAAGGUGUUACUCUUGAAAAAAUGGAUGACCUGUUCAACAGCACUACCGCUAAUCAUGCAGAGGUUGUUGACGACGCAGAUGAGUCCACUAGUAUCAGCACAUCCACUGCUGAAGCAAUUGAAAUGGACAAUGUACGACAAUAUGACCCUCAAAAGCCACGCAGGGCGAAGAACUUGUCAGAUGAUGAAUGGCAACAAUACGUGCCACUUGUUGAGGUCUACCGUCAGUACGGUGUUUCUUUGAAGGAUAUUGUCAAAGUGCUGCAGACAGAGGCCGGAUUAACAAUCUCGUACAAACGACUCGCUGAACGGAUUGCUCGGCAAAAUGCUCGUCGUCAGCCACCCAGUGGGGCCGCGCCCUACGAGGCAAGUGACGAUGAGGUGCAAAGUGAUGAGACCCUUAUCGCGCCAGCUACUCUAGACACCAGUCCAUCAUUGAAUGGGAGAGCUAGCUCGUUAGAAGUAGAUGUUCCCGCCGCAGCUCAAUCCACAACAUUCUCGCUUCGCCCGAGAAUCGAGAGUAAGACGACUGAACCUCAAUUCCCCACUCCGGUCAUACAUCCGUAUAACGAGCCACUGGUACAUACUAGCACUACAACCGGAUCUACAGUGCCAGGAGAUCUGAAAGAUACGAUCUUGGGCGAACUGUGGGCUCAAUUGGUGGCGAUAGUUAGCAGCGAAUAUGAUCUAUUCGACAUAUUCGCGGACUACGAUGUGCACACUAGCCCAUCCAUGGCCCGUGUGGGUGAAGUCGAGAUCUUCUCGGUGGGGAUGCUUAGCAGUCAUACGAAUAACCAGGUUGACUGGACCGAUGGGGAUGCAGAACCAUAUGACAUUUACGGGCUUUUUCAGAUGGCCGAUUGUCACGCCACACUCGGUCUCCGUUCACACGCAUUUGCAUUAUAUCUUCGGGGGUUUCGUCUAAUCUCCCAACUAGGGAUUCGGCAGUAUAUGGCAGCUUCACGAUGCAAAAUUCUCGUGCAGUAUCUGCUUUGGGGAAUAAUCGGCUAUGUCACGACUUGCAGUGGGCCAGCAAGCGUGAAAUACACCAUAACCUGCUUGGACUCUAUCGAAGAAGUGUUGCGCCAACACGAUCGUGUUGAUGCAGGUACAAAAAUUAUACUGAGCACAUACCGAGCACUUCUGGAAGGGCAAACAUUUGAAACAGUUCAAUGCCCAUCACUUGAGGACCUCAGAGGUUAUCAUAAUCUCUUCGAUUCAUUGCAUCCUGCCAUUAGAUUGAGAGAAGCCCAUUUCUUGAUCUCGAUUGCUUUACAUCCAGACAGAAGUAUCUCGAUUGCUUUACAUCCAGACAGAAAUUAUCCAUCAUCAACUCUGGCUAUUUUGCUACUGGACUCAAUUUGUGUAGAUCUCCAGAAGCAGAUUUCGGCAUAUUCAAGCGCUGAGUGGACAGGAUACAUCGCCACCAUAGGGUUUGUCAAGGCCUUUACAAAAGCCGUCGCCCUUAGUGACCCAGAUCAGGUUUCAUGGAGUCACCCAUGCCCCAUUGUUGCCUGGUACUGCACUCAACGUACAAUGGAUGAAGCUGGAAGCCAUUUUCAAUGGAGACCCUAUCAUUACCAUGGGGCUCUCAUGUGGCACAAGGAACACGCAAAUGAAGCCGUCAACCCGCGAGAAUUCUUGGCCCGUUAUCUAGAAGGCUUGCGAGAUAGGAUCACCCUUAACCGUCCUCUCAAUAAUGAUAGCUCCGAUGGUCUAAUGCAAGUCAUCAAUGCAUCGUCCUUGGCAAUCAUUGCUGAACGAAAGGUCUAUGGUUUAUCGCACGUGAAGCCUGAACAUCUACGCGACCACCGAGGACAUAGCAAUCAGCCUGUGGAGCCUUCCAUAGACACUUCGUCACUCAGCGCCGACACUCGGGAUUUUCGACAAACCGCUCGCCGAGCCAAUAGGGAUCCGAUAAACAGAAAACUGGCUAUCACAGACGCUAUGCAAGGGAUAGAAGAGCGCUUCUCGAGUGCAAUGUCCAUAAGCACCCACGAAAGCUGGCCAGUUCACCGACUCACCAAUUUUCCAGAGGAGCAGAAGCAUGCAGACGAGAUCGGCGACCACAACACCGAUCAUCUUGCAGGCGAUCUACCCCCGAAACUUGAUAGACGAAGGUCCGAGAGAGUGAGGGACCCUUAUGUGAGCGCCAAUAAAGGUCAGCCUGAGAGCAAUGAAGUUCCAGAAUCUUACACGUCGUGGGGUGGAGAAUGGGCGUCUUAUCCUGACCACCACGGUGGCUUUCACCUCGACUCAGUAAUGGAGGAGCUCAAAAGUCUGUAG